AUGGCAUCAUCAUCAGAUUUAAAAUCAACUCAUACUACCUUAACAGCUAUCGAAAGAUAUGAAUUGAUUACUAGAAACUUAGGCGAAGUACUUGGCUCACAAGAAUUAAUGAAAUUAUGUGAAGAAGAAGGUAGACUGAUUACUUGUUAUUGGGGUACGGCUACCACCGGUAGACCUCAUAUCGGUUAUUUUGUACCAUUGGCAAAGAUUGCGGACUUUUUAAGAGCAGGUGUUCGGGUGAAGAUCUUACUAGCGGAUGUUCACGCAUUUCUGGAUAACUUGAAAGCUCCACUCGAACUGAUCAAUCAACGAGUUUCUUACUAUUCUUACAUUCUUCGAGCGGUGUUUACGUCUAUUGGAGUACCGAUCGAUCGAUUAGAGUUUAUAACCGGAUCAUCUUAUCAAUAUUCAACACCAUACAACCAAGAUUGUUUGAAAUUAGCAUCAUUAGUAUCAGAGAGAGAUGCGAGAAAAGCAGGAAGUGAAGUGGUCAAAGAAUCAGAUACACCACCAUUAUCAGGAUUACUUUAUCCAUUACUACAAGCCUUAGAUGAAGAAUAUUUAAAGGUCGAUUUCCAAUUUGGAGGUAUCGAUCAAAGAAAGAUCUUUACGUUUGCAGAAUUAUAUUUACCUAAACUUGGGUAUUGUAAAAGGAUUCAUUUGAUGAAUAAGAUGGUACCUGGUUUGACUGGAACUAAAAUGUCUUCGUCAGAUUCGAAAUCGAAAAUUGAUUUUUUAGAUUCACCUGAAGAAGUUAAAAAGAAAAUUAAAGAUGCGGUUUGUGUACCUGGAGAAAUUGAUGGCAAUGGGAUCUUGGCUUUUCUUAAUUCGGUACUUUUACCUUUGGCUGAUUUGAAACGGAAUUCAGAUUCGAAUGGAAAAAGUCCAUUUGCUAGUGAAGAUGCACCUAUUGAUACUUUAUUUUCGGUUCAAAGGAAAAGAGAAAAAGAUGUAUUACAUUAUUCGAAUUAUGAACAGAUUAUUGAAGAUUAUCAAACUGAAGAACCCGUUGGAUCUGGGAAUUUUAAAUUGUUUCCUUCGGAUUUAAAGGUUUCGGUUACCUUUGCAAUUCAAUUCUUACUGAAAGGAAUUAAAGAAAUAUAUGAAUCAGAUCCAAAGUUUCAAGAAUCUAAUCGAUUGGCUUAUCCUGAAGAUUUUGUCAAUACAGAUGGGAAUAAGAAAAAGAAGGAAAAGAAAUUCGUGCCUAAACCGGAUUGGGUGAUUGAAAAGGAAAAGGAAAAGGAAAAGGAAAAGAAAGAAAAUCAAAUCAGUUUGAAAUCUGUAAAAGAUGGUUUAGAUCAACUCAAGGAAUCUGCUUAA